AUGGUAGCUUGGGCAGCUUUAGGCGCAAUGGGAACAAAAGCAUUAGCAUUUGGAGCAAAAGCACUUGGAGCUUAUGACGCAGUAAAUAAAAUGAGUGGAGGAAGGGUUUCAAAGACAUUAGAUGCAAAUAAAGGAAAGAUUGGAGGCUGGGUUGCAAAGAAGUUAAGAUUAAAUAAAAUAGGGCUCAUAAAUAAAGCAUCCAAUUUGGUUGCGACUGAGUCAGAAAAUGCUUUAGGAAAGGACGAUGAGUUUGCAAAACAUGCAAAAGACUUUAAUGACCAGAUGAAAG